AACGAAAGUUAUCAUUCUACUUGUGUAUUCGCGUUAGUUAGCACAACCUACAUACAUUUAAAUUCAAAAUGAAAAUCUUCGUGAUCUUCAGCUGCUUGUUUGUCGCGGCGUUGGCCCUCCCGGCUCAUGACCCCUCACUGAGGGAGCUGCCAGCUGUUCGUCACGAAGAGGUCCAUGAUGAGUAUGGCCAGUACGCGCUUAGAUACAUCACUGCUGAGAACACCGUAGUCUCGGAGCGAGGCCGCUUAGUUCCGAGUAUCAACGGCAGCCACGUGCUGGAGAUCGAGGGCCAGUACCAGUUCGUGGGUGACGACGGUCAGAUCUACAUCACCAAGUACAGAGGCGGCGCCGACGGCUUCCACGUCGACGGCAACCACCUGCCGCAGCCGGUGCCCGUGCCCGCUGUAGCUAUCUAAAUAAAUAAUAAU